AGAAUUAAGAAUAUUAAAUAUUAAUAUACUCGUUUAUAUUUUUGUCAUUAGUUAUUAUUUAAGUGGACAACUAUUAUUCUGGAGUCUAAUCGUGGAAUUCUCAAUGGCCAAUUGGCUAUGAGUGCUAUGACUAGUGAAUAGAUUUUUAAUAUUUUAUAUAAGUAUUUUUUAUACUAUUCUAUAUUCUGUUGAUACCUACAAAACAUUUAUUUCCCAAUGAUUCGUUCAGUUACUGAGUCAAUAUCAUUGCGUAUUAGUUAUAAGUUACAUUAACAUAAACUCUGCAAGUCUGAAAAGUGAAUCCAUGUAUAGAAUUUAUAGAAUAAAAACUAUUCUAUUGUUAUUUGAUAAUCUAAAACAGUUACAAUUGUUUUGUAUUUAGUAAAAUUAUUGUACACACUUAAUUAUACAACCUUGUAUUCAAAAAAACAUUUAAUCUAAUUAUUGGUGUUUGUUUACAAGAUGUUUCCAAUGGAAGAAUCAGAUGAAGUAUUUGAUGCUGUGAUCCGUUAUGGCUUAUACUUAGUUGCUAUUUUCCAAUUAGUAUGCAUAACAACUGUGUUUUUAUUAACUGACCAAUCUAAUGACUCAAAAGAUAAUGGUGAUGGCAGCGAAUAUGACUCUGAUGGAAGUACAUUUGCAUCACCUAGACGCCCAUAUUCUCAUCAUAGAUCAAGAAAACAAGAUAAGAAGAAAAGACGAUGAAUAAAAAUGAAUUACACUUGUAAUAUUGUUCCUUUUUGAAGUUUAAUUAUUCAUUAUAAUACUACAUUACUUGUAGAUUUUUUUUUAAUUAAGCAAACUUAGAAUACCAUUUAUAUAUUUU